AUGGUUGCCAGUUACCCCCCAGCGGUGCCACCUUUUGUCGACCUAACUGGCAUCUCCUCGGCCGUUUGUAACCAGCGAAUUAACUUGCGCAUCUCUAGGUUAUGGUACCAGCAAGGUGGCUUUGAUGAUGGCCCUAUCAAGAGUAUACAUAUGGUCGUGACUGAUGAAAAGGGAAACCAUGCUAACAUGACAUUGCCUAACGAGGUUGUGGACAUGUUUGUGGACAAUCUACAUGAGAGAAAUUUAUAUGUAUGUGCCAGGAUCAGUGUGAAGCCCCCUGAGAUGCAAAAUGGAGCCGGCGACCAGCCCUUCUUCCUCGCCCUCAGCCUUGACACCACCGUUGACGCCUCCAAGAGCAGUCGAGCAUCGGCGUCGACACCGGCAAGGCAACAUGUGUUGCAACAUGCAACCAAAUCAAAUGGACAAAGUUAUAUAUCUAAUAUUCAACCAUGUAGUUUACUAUUAUGCAGUGUGAAAAACGGUGUACAUCAGUUAUCUUGGACUAAUACUAUGGCCCGAUUUUGAUAUCUACCACACCGAACCUUGCUUAGAUAGGGCCAUUUUUUAGAUAUUUUGCGGAGUGUUUACUGUUGUUAGUAUCUACCAUCACCUCUGUGAGUAAUAUCAGAUAUAUUUCCAUCCUGAGAUACAUUGAGUAAUAUCAGAUGUUGAUUGAAAAAGGGUUAUAUCAGAUAUUUGAUCAUUGAACUUUU